GUAGACUUUGACAGACUGGUGCGGGGCAGGUGGAGCAGCCACGCUGAAGCGUAAAAACCUCCGUCGCCUGCUGAAAACAGCUUUCAAAGGAGAGUUUCUGGAGGAUUUGCAGGUCGGGGUUGAUCAUGGCCUCCGCGGACGCGCCCGAGAUGUCUCUGCUGAGUCUGGAGGACGAGCUGAGCUGCAGCAUCUGCCUGAGCCUCUUCGACUGUCCGGUCACCAUCCCCUGCGGACACAACUUCUGCCAGGACUGCCUGCUGUCCACCUGGAAGGACUCCUACAGCUGCCCGCAGUGCCGCACCGUGUUCGCCACCAGGCCGGAGCUGAAGAAGAACACGGUCCUCAGCACGGUGGUGGAGACCCUCAGGGCCAGGAGCGGCUGGAGCGAAGCCGAGGCUCAGGCCAAACCCCAGAAGAAGGUGGAGAUGAUCCGCUGCGACAUGUGCAUGGAGGCGGAGGCGUCGCAGACCUGCCUCACCUGCAUGGCCUCCUACUGCGAGGAGCACCUGCGGCCCCACCGGGACAACCCGGUGUUCCGCCUCCACCAGCUGAGCCGGCCGGUCGGGGACCUGCUGGAGCGCAUCUGCCCGGACCACAACAAGCUGAUGGAGCUGUUCUGCAGCCAGCAUGACCGCUCCAUCUGCAGCCUCUGCCUCCAGCAGGACCACAAGGGAUGCUCCUUCACCUCCCAGGAGGAGCAGAGGAGCCUGAAGGAGUCCAAUCUGAAAGACAAGCUGAAGUUUCUGGAUGGGAAGAUUUCAAAGACUGAGGGCGUGCUGCUCCAGAUGAAGGACAUGCAGAACACACUGAAGGACUCGGCCGCCAGCAGGAAGAAGAUCCUGUCCUCCAACUACCAGCAGAUGCGGGAUCUGCUGGUCCAGGAGGAGCGCGACGCCCUGAGCGCGGUGGACCGGGAGGUGGAGACCGGCCUGAGCAAGAUCAAGAUUCUGUCAAAGAAGUUCAUGGAGAACGUCGACAGCAUGCACAAAGCCAGAGACGACAUCCAGAGCCUGCUGGCCCAGUCCCAAACCAUGAACUUCCUCAAGACUUCCUUUAAGAUCCCUCAGGCUGCAGGCUUCGACCCGUACGCCCCUCGAAUCAACCUGGACUCCAAGAAAGUGAUUUUGUCGCAGAGCUUUGCUCCGGCGCUGAAGGAGCAUCUGACGGAGCUCCUCAAGCAGCCGCUGGAGGCCCGACUCCCCAUCAUCAGCCCGGAGCCGCAGUAUCAGUCGAAGCAGCAGAAAGCCGACUGGAGCAAAAGCCCGGCUUCUCAGACCACGUGUGGUCAGAAGAAGAAGGUUUCCUCAAAACAAUCCAGCAAGCUGGAGACGGAGGGGGAUUCUGGGAUGGGAGCGCGGCGCAGCUCCAUGGACAACCUGCUGGAGUUCAGUUUGAAGGAUAAAACCACCCGUCAGAAUGCUGCAGCUGAGGCCAGAGGCAAACCAGCAGAUGAGGCCGAGGUUCCCGUCUGCUUCAGUUCUGGUGAGAAGCGAAGCGAGCUUCUGAAAUACGGCACGGUGCUAACCUUUGACCCCAAGACGGCCCACAGACGCAUCGUGCUGAGCGAGGGCUUCACCGUGGCCAGCGUGUCGGACGAGCACACCAACUACCCCGACAGCCCCCGCCGCUUCACCGUCUGCUCGCAGGUGCUCGCCGCCAAGGCCUUCUCCCAGGGCCGCCACUACUGGGAGGUCCGCCUCAGCGGCAACAACUUCGUGGGCAUCGGCCUGGCGUACGGCAGCAUCGACCGCAAGGGCCCCGCCAGCCGGCUGGGCCGCAACGCCCAGUCCUGGUGCGUGGAGUGGUUCAACGUCAAGCUGUCGGCCUGGCACAACAGCAGCGAGACGGUGCUGUUCAACCCGGGGCCCAAGCGCGUGGGCGUGCUGCUGGACUGCGAGGGCGGCACGGCCACCUUCUACAACGUGACCGACCGGGCCUACCCCUUCCACGUCUUCACCUUCCCCUUCGCCGAGGCCGUGCACCCGGCCUUCUGGAUCUUCUCCAGCGGCUCGUCGGUGUCUCUGUGCAAGCUGCAGGCCUGAGCGGCGGUGUCUCCGGCCCGGUAGCGACCUGAGCGGCGGUGUCUCCGGCCCGGAGCGGCGGCGCCACGUCCACCGGACCGUGUCUUAAAAACUGGGCUUUUCGAAAAUGUGGGACAUGAUUCUUCCACACUUUGAAAAGCUCUGUUUGUCAAGGAGUAAAAUAAUUUUUUGAAUAAUUUCAACAGGCCCAGCAUUAGAAAAUCCCUCAGUGCCAGAAGGGAUUGAUUUCCCUCCAAUCCUGCUUGAAGUGACUUUCUUGUGCUCGUUACUUCUGAUUUCUCUACAGUUUAAGGGAACGAAACAGGAUUUCAUCCAGAUCCUACCUCUGGUCAACAGUUUAUAGACUAUUGACCCCAGAGGAAAUUCAGGUUGUCUGCUGCGUACAGAUAGAAUAACAGACACAAAAAUGUUCAUUGACAUCAGCAAUCAUCAUUUGAAUUUCAUUAAACUGUGUUUAGAUUACACACAAGUACAGAAAAACCACAUAUGAGUGAAUAUAUUGUGGUGAAAGAAGGAGGAAACUGUAUGCAAGGCGUGAUUUCAGCCUGUGUGAAACGUUUCAUUGGUGGAGUUUUGUGAAAAGAGCAAAGCUCAGCCGGUCUUCAUGUUAUGUCCGUCCUCGAUGGCGCUUCCUAUAGGUCGUAAAGUGCUUUUCCACGGGGACUCGGGCCUCACGGCUUGGUUCUGGGCGGCGUCCCGAGCUGCUGUUGUCUGUGUUGUGGAGUGCGGCGGCUCCGACUGUUUGAAAACAGACGUGUGUUUUCGGUGUGCGAGCUGCACGGCGAGUGGCGGCGAUGCUCAUAUGCGUCUCGGUCACCGGAGAAACAGACCAGUGUGGUGGUUCGUUCUCCUGAUGGGAGAUCAGCAGGUUCAAUUCAUUGUUAAUCAGCUGAUCAGAUGAGAGUGUGUGAAGGAAAAGGGUGGAUUUUGAUCUUUACUGGAUACUUAAGUGGAUCAGAACCAUCAGAACCAGUUUGAAUUAUCAACAGUGUGUGUGUGUGUGUGUGUGUGUCUGGGUGUGCUUCCUCACAGUCAGACCAGAAGUGAUCAUUUGUUCAUGUUUUCAUGUGGAGGAAGCAGCUGUAAACUGUCUUCAUGUUGGACUGAGAGAAACGUCUCAAUAUCCUGAUGAGCCGAAGCUCUUCGGUUUCACCGGGGAUCUGUUCCGGUUCUGUUUUUGUCAGUUUCUAACUCAGCGGCGUGUUUGUGAGCUGUGCAUUGUGGGACAGCAGCCGGCGCCCUGAGGGAAAACCUUCAGAGGCCCAGGAAGAACAUGCAGUCUGCACAAUGGGAGAGCUGCAGCGAGGCGACGCCGCGUCUUUUCAUGGAAGUGAAAUCCUGUUUGAAGGGCUCCGGCGGGGAGCAACAGGAAGUCAGAAUCCUCAGCUCUUAUUUUGGUAAGACUUGAUACGGGAAAGUCUACAAACGAGUGAGGAGAGUCGGAGUCGACUUGCAGCCUUCGAUCCUCGGCUGGGUUUUAUUUAGGGAUCCUGCUCAUGUGCACGAUGUGUUUGGGUUUCGGACGCCGUCGAGUAACUCGGGGUUAAAUUAUUUGUGUGACACAAAGUUUACCCCAAACCGAGAGGUGGAUUAGUUCAGAGGCUCAUUCCCUCUCUGUGGUUCAGCAGCGUUUGUGACUUUAAAGGAUUUAUUGGGAAUAUUUUCAGCUUUUCUUUUACCUCCAAACUGCACCACAGCCUCUCCUCUCCUGUGUGUGUCUGGAACUGAAGAUGGCCUGACGUGCACGAGAGUUCCAGGUGAAAAGCCUCAAUCUGACACGCUUUAAGGACGAACACUGCACUUGUAGUUUUACACCAGCCUCAUCGCCGGUCUCCACUGAGCUCUUCAGGCGACUCGGCCCUCAUGUUCGGGCUGCUCGGGUGGUGUGGGAAGCGGGCGGGGGGUGUCCUCACUAACCACUUCUCCACCAUGCCACCCACUGAUCCCACUGAGGGAACACCGUCUGGAAACAUUUCCUCUUUAAAGUCACAAACCGACGCCACAGAGUGGGAGAACCUUUGAAGCAGGCUGUUUGGUGGAAUAGAGUUUUAGUACAGAAGGGAUUCUCUUCAGAAGGUCCAGUGACUCCGGCGCCGUGCAGAAAGUGACGCCCUUCAGCUUCAGCUGUCUCAGUUCUCUCUGGAAGAGAGAGAGUUCCUCCAAACGACUUCCCUGUAUUUCCAGUUACAUUCCUGUAAAUCUGCACCUGAGCUUUAAAGUCUUCAUGGUUUGGGGACUUUUCUUUAUUUGAUUCCAGAUCUAAAACUUAAUGUGAGUGAUUUUCAUAAUCCAGAUUACUGCUUCUGUGUUCUGCUUCAGCUCAUUUUACUGAACCGUUAAUACUUUGAAAAUGUUGUGUAUGCCAGACAUGUUGUCAGGCCUUCCUUUCUUUGACAGUGUCUAUAAAAUCAGUAGUUAGCGCCGUUCUUCUGAUUUGUUUUUCCUGACUUUUGGACAUUCCAGAAUGCAUUUCCUGAUCAGAGUGUGAAUCUGUGAUGCUGUUAGUGAGGCGGUUGAGCUGUUUGUGAAGCUUCAUAUGAGCUUAUCUUACAAUGUUUAGUGUUUGAGUGUAUAUAACCCCUCUCUGUAACCAAUAAAAGCUUUUCU